ACUUUAAUUAGCCCCUGUUCAUCGUGCGAGGUUCACCGCCGCAAAGUCAAUCCACAGACCUUAUUAGAUACUCGAUUAUAGAAUCAUCUACCAUCUCGCAAAUCAGAACGGAAGGAAGCUAGCCACAAUGGGAGUCGACGAAAGCGAGAAGACAACAAGUGUUCACCAACAACCGGUCAACAAGGUUGAAAACCCGUCUACCCUCACACCAGGCGAUCGCGAUGGUGCAGCGGCAAGGCUGGAAGAGAUGGGUUACAAGCAAGAGCUCACCAGAAAUCUUGGGAUGAUUUCGGUGCUUGGCUUAAGUUUCGCUAUCAUGGCAGUCCCGUUCGGAACAAGUACAACGCUCAACAUUGCCUUGACAGACGGUGGGCCUGUCACUAUCCUUUACGGCUGGAUCUUUGUGUCUUUGGUCUCCUUAUGUAUUGCUUCCAGCCUUGCUGAGAUCUGCUCUGUUUUUCCUACUUCUGGGGGUGUUUAUUAUUGGUCUGCUAUGCUGUCUACCAAAAAGUACAGCUCAUUUGCGAGCUACUUGACAGGCUGGUUGGGAACUGUUGGAAACUGGACUGUCACCGCUUCCAUUACUUUUGGUGGAAGUCAGCUUAUCCUGGCAGCUGCUACUCUCUACCAUGAGGAUUACGUCCCUACUGCUUGGCAAACUUGCGUUGUAUACUGGGCGGCCUUAUUAGUCUCCCUACUCAUUAAUAUUUUUUUCCACAAGUACCUUGACAAGCUCAAUACCGUCUGCUUAUGGUGGACUGGAUCAUCUGUCAUCAUCAUCAUCGUCACUCUUCUCGCCAUGGCUGACACCCGAAACUCCGGCAAAUUCGCUUUUUCUCAUUUUGACGCUCAGCAUUCUGGCUGGCCUGCCGGAUGGGCAUGGUUCGUUGGUCUUUUACAGGGGGCCUAUACCUUGACUGGUUACGGGAUGGUUGCAUCCCUUUGCGAAGAGGUCAAAGAGCCUGCACGUGAAGUGCCACGGGCAAUGGUCCUCUCAGUUGCAGCUGCUGCUGUUACUGGCCUCGUCUACCUUCUUCCUAUUAAUUUUGUUCUUCCUGCGAUCGAGCCGCUUUUGGCCGUGGCGAGCCUUCAACCUAUGCCUCUGCUUUACAAGGAAGUUACAGGGAGCGCCGGUGCCGCCCUCGGCUUACUCUUCCUUAUUCUCGGCGUCUGGGUCUUUGCUGCCAUUGGUUCAUUGACUGCCGCGUCUCGCUGCACAUGGGCCUUCUCCAGAGAUGGCGGUAUCCCUGCUUCUGGAUGGUGGAAGAAGGUUGACCAGAGAUUCGGUAUCCCUGUCAAUUCUUUGAUACUUUCGGCGAUUGUCUGCGCUCUUUUGGGUUUGAUCUACCUUGGUUCCUCUGCUGCCUUCAACGCCUUUACCGGUGUUGCCACCAUCUGUUUGGGCUGUUCUUACGCGUUCCCUGUGCUUUGCUCGUUAUUGAGAAGGAGAGAGGCUGUUCGCAACGCUUCUUACUCACUUGGAAAGUUCGGUUACGCUGUCAACAUCAUCACGGUGGUGUGGAUUACCUUUUCCAUCAUCCUUUUCUGCAUGCCUACCGCCAUCCCCGUCACUGCCGAAUCUAUGAACUACGCAAGUGUCGUGUUCGCGGGCUUCUCGUUCAUCGCUGCCUUAUGGUAUGUUGUCAAUGCCCGAAAGCAUUACCAUGGCCCCACCCUCUCAACCGUUCGAAUCAGCGAUACUACGGAAAUCGUUGAAGAAUAUUGAAGUCACGAAAAAGCAUCCGGAUUCCCAUUAGUGAAAUACCUGCUGAGAAUGUCGCAUUGAUAUAUUUUGGGUUGUUAUUUUCCCAUGCGUUGUGCAAUAGGCAAAUUAGGUUGUUUAGAUGUGUAGAUAUCGUUGUCCUCCAUGCAAUGUC